CCCGCGCGCGCCCUAAUUGGGGCAGCAACGGGAAACGUGGAACCGGGCGGGCUCGGUAGAGCGAGAGAGGCCCCGCGGGGAGAAGCAGAAGCAGCGGCGGCAGCAGCGUUAGGCGAGGGAUUUAGUGAGCGGAGCGCUCUGUUGGAACCGCGGCUGCGCCUUGCGGGCUCCGCCGAGGGCGUGCGGGGUGCGCCGACUCCGUCUCUGUUUCUCUCGCUCGCUCGCUCGCGGUGGGGGGAGGUGCAGCAGCAGCCCCGGGCGCUUUCAACAUUUCUGGGGUUGUUCCUUUCGAAGCCGCGACUCCAACUCGGCAAACAGCAACGAGAGAGGAGCGGGAGGAGGAGGAGUGCCGCUCGAUCGGCACCGCGCGGACUGCGAGAUCAACUCGACCGCCGCACCGCCUCCUCCUCCUCUUCAUCUUCAUCAUCAUCCUCCUCCUGCCGGCGUCGUCCCUAGCUGUUUCCCCUUCGCAUGCAGGGCGUCGUGCCGAGGCGCCCGAGGUGACGGAAGCAAGCGGGAGGUGCUGCUGCUGGAAGAGUCGUCAUCCCCGGGGAGGCGAUGACUGCGCGCGAGGGACGACGCCGAGUCCUCCCGGCGGCGCUGUGCUUGUGCCUGCUGCUCGUUCGGGCCGCUGGGCUCGUUCCGUCGGUGCAAGUGUGCAGGACGAACGCCCCCGCUGCGGGCCACGUGGCCUUCGUGCUCGAGACCUCCAAGGGCGCUGCGCAGGGCGCCGCGCAGCUCCGCGCGCUCGUGGAGGUGCUGAUGGUCGCCGUCGGGUGCGGCGUCCCAGCGGGAGAGGCGGGCGUGCGGUGCUCUCUGCUGCAGCCCAGCGCCGAGCACAGGUCCCGCCUGCGGCUGCUGGAGCUAGCGGGCGGCGCGGGCGCCCGCGACAGGUCUCCCCUGGGCGCCCCGGGCUCCGUGUCGGCGUCCAGGGCCCUCGCGUUCCUCCGCAACGCCCCCGAGUUCGCCACCAGGGGAGUCAAGAAGAGGCCCUCGAAGAAGACGACGCCCCCGAAGGCCGCGAGCGCCGGGAGGGUGGUUGUCAUGCUCACGGAUGUGAAGCUCCGUGAUGACGUGGCGGCCGUUGCCGGGAAACUGAAGGAGUCCGGAGUCGCCAUCAUCGCCGUAGGAGCCCGCAAGGCGCAGAAGGACGUCCUGGACUCGGUCGCAUCGGGCCGUAAGGACGUGUUCUACCGGAGGGACGCGGCGGCGCUGGAGGUCUCCGUCCCGGCGCUGCUGCGGCGCGUCUGCAUGCACCUCGGCGGGUCGCUGCACGCCGCCUUAUCCGAACAAAGUGACGGUGCUCGGGACGCCGGCGCCACGGGGAGGAUGGAGCGGCAGGGCGCCCACGUGGCCGACAGGGACGAGCACCCCACGCAGAGCGACGUCCAGACGUUUGAUGUCGGGGGAUCGGUGUCCCUGCGGGAGAUUGCUCGUCUGCUGCUCUUCGACGCGACAGCCAGCAGCGUGCGCGUGUCCUGGAAUGCGGUGCCAGGGGCUACGAGCUACAGACUCAUCUGGGCACCCACGCCAGAGUUUGAGGGCCGGGACCAGGCGCGCGAGGUGACGCUGGCGCUGGGCACCACCUCGUACGAGAUCACGGGCCUGGUGCACGACACGGAGUAUGCCGUGUCUCUCUACCCCAUCUACGACGGCUUCCAGGGCGUCUCCGUCACCAACAUCGUCACCACCGCGGGGUUCCUGUACGUUCCGGACGUGCGUGUCGUGGACACCGCUCGCAGCUCCAUCAGCCUCGCCUGGAGCCGCGCCGUCGGGGUCACGGGGUACCGCCUCAUCUGGGGACGCACAGAGAUGGGCCCAGAGGACAGUGUACUGCUGGAGAGGAGUGCGACGUCGUUCCGGAUCCCCGGCCUGCGGGAGGGCACGCUCUACACCAUCAGCCUGCUGGGCAUCUAUGGCCGCCUGGACGGGCCCUCAUUCGUCAUCACUCAGUCCACCGCGUCGGGCUCGUUUGAGGGGGACGAGGAGGUGGUGCGGGACCUGCGCGUGUCGGACGUGUCGCGGGACAGCGCUCGCGUCACCUGGGGCGGCUCUCCCCGCGUCCGCGGCUACGCCGUCACCUGGGUGCCAGUCGCCGGCGGAGUGGAGAUCACACGUAACGUGCGUGCGGACGUGAGCACGUACGCCAUCGAGGGCCUGCGCGAGAGCACCGACUACGUCGUCAAAGUGGCAGCGCUGCUCGAGGAGCGUGAGGGACGCGCCGCCAGCGUCACGCUGCGCACACUCGACCUGCCCAAGGUGCGCUUCCUGCAGACGUCGGACGUGACGGACGAGGCGGUGCGCGUCACGUGGAGCUCCCUGCCAGGGGCCACGGGCUACCUGCUCAGCUGGCGCCCCAUGUCAGCGAGCGCAGGCGUCAACGGGCAGAGGGAGGUUCGCUUGCCCCCCGAGGUGGAGUCGUACCAGGCGGGCUCCCUGCAAGCCGGCCGAGCCUACCUCUUCACCAUCAAGCCCUUCUUUGGGCAGCGCCAAGGCCCAGCCACCGCCGUCACCGAGAGAACCGUGUGCAACCGCGCCCGGGCUGACAUGGUGUUCCUCCUGGACGGGUCGGGGAGCAUCGGCCGAAAGUUCAACCGCAUCAAGGAGUUUGUGUUCCGGGUGGUGUCCUACUUUCCCCGUAUUGGGCCAGACUCCACGCAGAUGGCGGUGGUGAAAUACAGCGACAGCCCACAGACAGAGAUUCCACUGACGCGUUUCAGGGACCGCAACUCCCUGCUGCAGACGCUGAGAGCCAUCCCGUUCCUUGGUGGAAACACUUACACAGGCCGCGCCAUCCAGUACGCCCUGCAGUCGGUGCUGCAACCGGGGGGCGGCACCCGUGCCGGCGUGCCACGCAUCCUCGUCGUCAUCACCGACGGGCGCUCACAAGACGACCUCUCCGGCCCGGCCGCCUACGCCGUCGCGCAGGGCGUGCAGGUGUUCGCGGUGGGCACGGCGGACGCCGACCGCCGGCAGCUGGAGCUCAUCGCCGGCAGGCAGCCCAGCACGGUGCCAGGCCGCAGCCGCGUCUUCUACCUCGACACGCUGGAGGCCUUCCGCUCCAUCGAGGAGGACCUGGUGGACACCAUGUGCGCUGUCGCCACCGUCGGACCGGGCCCUAUCGACCCCCCGCAGCCUCCUGUGAUCCCAGACCCGAGCGAGUGCACCGCCUGCUUGCCGGGAGAGGAGGGAGAUUAUGGUCCGCCAGGAUACCCGGGAGAAAAAGGAGAGCAGGGGCCGCAGGGCCCGCCCGGCAACCCCGGGGCCUCUGUGGAUGGGGGGUUUGUGGUCGUUGAGAAAGGGGCAAGAGGCGACAGGGGCUUCUCUGGGCGGGACGGCAUUCCCGGCUCACCGGGGCAGCCCGGACAGCCUGGCCAGCCCGGUCCCCGGGGCCCUCCCGGCCUUGAAGGCUUAACGGGACCCCCAGGACAGCCUGGGUUCCCCGGGAGAGAUGGUGCCCCUGGGAUGAGAGGCGACAGGGGGGAUCCCGGUUACAUCACGGACGGUCUCGGGUUGCCUGGACAGCCCGGGGAGCGUGGGAGAUCGGGUCUCCCAGGGAUGAUGGGGCCCAAGGGUUUUGCGGGCGACAUGGGUCCUCGCGGACGCCCAGGGUUGCCCGGACAUCCCGGCAUUGCCAUCAAGGGAGACAAGGGAGAACGUGGAAUUCGAGGAGUUUCAGGGUCCGGUGGAGGAGAGGCACAGAGAGGAGAACCUGGAGAUACGGGAUUGCAAGGCCCGAUGGGCCCUCGGGGCCCAGCCGGGGAUCCUGGGCCACCAGGACCUAGGGGCGAGAGGGGCGACUCGAUACGCGGCAAAGCCGGGCAAUCGGGGAAGCCGGGGACUCCGGGAGACCAGGGGGAGAGGGGCUCCUCUGGAGAGACGGGCUUGCCCGGCGACAGAGGGGUUCCGGGAAAACCAGGAACCAAGGGAGAGGCGGGCGAGAGAGGAUCGAGCGGCUACCCAGGCCCAAAUGGAAGCCCGGGGGCAUCAGGAACGCCAGGGCUGCAGGGCGUGCCGGGGACUGUUGGAUCAAUUGGCCCGAGAGGGCAAAGGGGAGAUGCUGGACCCCCUGGCGGGACUCUGCCUUCGAGUCCCGGGGAUCCAGGAUACCGUGGUGAAGCGGGCGAUGCUGGGUAUCGUGGCUUGGCCGGGAAGAAGGGUGACAGAGGCAGCGCUGGGGAGAAGGGCAUCAAGGGAUCUCCAGGGAUGGGACCUCCUGGGCCUCCAGGACCAAGGGGCGACUCUGGGCCAAAGGGAGCCGUGGGGGCCGUCGGUAACCAGGGAGACAGGGGAGACUCAGGGCGACGCGGGGACCUGGGGAACGACGGGCCACCAGGAUUGGCGGGUCCACAAGGUCCCACCGGAGAUAAUGGCAUCCGAGGCAGCAGAGGAAGGAUUGGACCCCUGGGGGACCCAGGGACUCCGGGCGCUGCCGGCGAGCGAGGAGCAUCGGGUCCGUCAGGAAUGGACGGGGACCGCGGUGACCCCGGCGACAGGGGACAGUCCGGCAGAUCAGGCAAACAGGGAAUACCAGGCGUGAAUGGGCCGAGGGGAUCCAAGGGAGACACGGGCCCACCAGGAUCCCCGGGCCGUCCUGCCCAAUACGUGCCCGAUACGGACAGAGGGACUCUGCGCAGAGGAGUCAAGGGGGCCAAGGGGCGCGCCGGCACUAACGGAAAACCCGGGUCGACCGGAGAAGUCGGAGUCCCCGGUCUCAUCGGAGUACGGGGGCCUGUGGGCGCACCCGGCUCAUACGGCCAGCGAGGAAACCCAGGAGUCAAGGGUACUGCAGGGCCGAAGGGAGACCGAGGUUACCCAGGGAGAGACGGAGUCAACGGGAAGGAUGGAAAGAUGGGAUUACCCGGCAGCCCAGGAGCCCGGGGUGAAGCGGGAAAGGCCGGGGAAGCGGGAAGAGACGCCAAGGCAGGAGCACGGGGAGACUCGGGCCUCAGGGGCCCCGUCGGGCCACCUGGAAACCCAGGCACCCCGGGCAAGCCAGGCACAGAUGGAAAGCCAGGCCUUUCAGGAAGAAAGGGCGAGACCGGAGUGCCGGGAGAAGACGGCAUCAAGGGUUCAGCCGGGGACCCGGGCCGGUUCGGUCGAGAUGGCAGGGACGGAGCCAAGGGAGACCGGGGGGAGCACGGCUUGCCUGGGAAGCAAGGCUCCCUGGGUGCUCGAGGCCCCGCUGGAGCUCCGGCUGAAUAUCGACCGACCGGCGGUGGACAGAUCACCGGUAUCCCUGGCCCCUCCGGUCUGCCGGGGCUGCCCGGAGUUCCCGGUCCGAUGGGGGAGCAGGGACUGAAGGGUGGCACGGGAUACAAGGGCGCCAGGGGGUUUGCGGGGGAUUCUGGGAAGCCCGGAGACCCUGGAGCCAAAGUGAAUAUGUUGAAAAUCCUCGACCAGUACGGGAUCCGGAUCGGCGCCCUGCGGCGUCUCAUCGAGCAGAGCUUCGUCGGCACCGGCGACGGGGGGCGGCCGCUCGCCGGGAGACGGGGCCCCAAGGGCAUCGGCGGAGACCGCGGUCUUCCUGGCGAAGUCGGAACUCCUGGCAGGGAGGGGGCCCAAGGCCUUCCUGGGCCACGGGGCGAAAAGGGGGAGCUUGGAAUGGUGGGGGAGCUGGGCCCCCCAGGGAUCCCGGGUCCUGUCAGGGUGGUACGAGGCCCCCGUGGGCCCAGGGGAAAGAACGGCGACGCCGGAGAGGCGGGCAAGCUCGGCGUGCCCGGCCGGGAUGGCGAGCAGGGCGAGAGGGGCAGCCCGGGAGGGAAGGGUGAUCAAGGCGUCAGAGGAGCCAAAGGCUUCGCCGGCAGGAACGGAAUUCCCGGGCCCAUUGGGCCACCAGGACCACCAGGACCCCGUGGGACAUCCGGCCGAAAGGGCACGGUCGACCCCGGAGGCGCCAAGGGGGGAGAGGUUGGACCGCCGGGUCGACCCGGCGUUCGGGGAGAUCGUGGUCGCACUGGGGACUACGGACUGAGAGGAGACAAGGGAGACGCAGGCGUGAAGGGAGACAGAGGGGAGAGAGGUGACCCGGGAACACGAGGACGCAACGGCCAGGCCGGGAGCCCAGGAGCCCCGGGAACCCCAGGGAAGGAUGGAGCCCCGGGUGCACGCGGGGAAAGGGGCCUGCAAGGAAUUGCCGGAGCCCAGGGAGAUCCUGGAGCCUCGGGCAUUCCGGGCCCCCAAGGCACUAAAGGACAUCAGGGACCUCCUGGAGCAAAGGGAGACGAAGGCUUGGCCGGACCGGCGAUCCCGGGCCCUCCUGGGGCCCAGGGACCCAAAGGCCUCCCCGGCGCGGCAGGGAUGCUGGGGCAGCCCGGACCCAGUGGUGAAAGCGGUGCGCCUGGAGCAAAGGGGAAACCGGGACAGCCAGGAGUUCCGGGAAGGGAUGGCAGCCCCGGACUGAGAGGGCAGGAUGGGAUACCAGGCCGAAUGGGCAUGCCAGGGCCCACUGGACUACGAGGACCCAAGGGAGACACGGGCCCCAUCGGAUCACCCGGCGUGUCACAACCUGGGAGAAAAGGCCCCAGGGGUGAGAAGGGAGAGCCGGCUGAGAUUGAAGGAGGUGGCACGAGCAUCAAGGGAAUGCCAGGGGACAAGGGGGAGAGAGGCAGCCGGGGCCCUCCGGGGAAGAAAGGCGAGGAGGGCGAGCUUGGAAAACCCGGGCUUACGGGGUCGGUGGGCCCCAAAGGAAGCCACGGGGAGAGGGGACAGAGGGGCGACGCAACCUUGGGGAAACCUGGGCCGGAUGGCCUCCCUGGUCCUGCUGGCUUUAAGGGCAGCGCUGGCCUGCCAGGCCCCACCGGCGAGCAGGGGCAGCCGGGCAAGCCGGGCCCUGCGGGGACACCUGGAUCACGAGGUUUCGGCGGAAACCCAGGUCCCCGGGGAACCCCGGGCGAGCGGGGCGAGCCAGGACCCCAGGGUAAGAAUGGAAGCCCUGGGCAGGCCGGAGUGCGAGGGCAGUCGGGGCGUCCGGGCUCAAGGGGAGCCCCUGGGGAGAGAGGUGUCAAGGGCGAGAGUGGAGCAGGUCCUCUGGGACCUCCGGGUGACACGGGUCUGAGCGGAGCUCGGGGUGCACCAGGAAUGCCUGGGCUGCCUGGGCCAGCGGGAGAACCGGGCCUGUCUGGAAGCAAGGGUUACCGGGGAGAGAAGGGCAACUCUGGGAGUCCUGGACCGAAGGGUGACGACGGAGACGGCGUUGGGGUUGGGCCGCCCGGCAGGAGAGGAGCCAAAGGCGACAGGGGCGACCACGGCCCUGAAGGUCUGGACGGGAAGAAGGGAGACAAGGGCGAGCGUGGACCCGUCGCACCGCAGGGAAGCAAGGGGCAGGGCGGAGACAAGGGAGCACGAGGAAUCCCCGGCCUCGCGGGGAUUGGCGGUCCCAAGGGUGAACCAGGAGAGCUGGGAAUGCCGGGCACUGCUGGAACCCCAGGUCUGCGGGGACGAAGCGGAUUCAAGGGCAUCAAGGGGGAGCGUGGAAUGUACAGUGAAAAGGGUGAAAAUGGCGACGUGGGCUUGAAAGGGCAGUGUGGCGAGGAUGGAGCGAAGGGAGCCAAGGGAGACCCUGGGCUUCCCGGAGGCCGUGGUUCACCGGGGGAGAGAGGAGAGAGGGGUGAGCGAGGCAUGCUGGGUACUCCGGGAGCACCCGGGCAACAAGGGGCAUCAGGACCAAAGGGAGAGGUGGGCGCUGCGGGAGUGGACGGGAGGAAGGGAUCCCCCGGAGACAAGGGGCUGCAGGGCCACCCGGGCUUGCUAGGCCCUCCGGGGCCAUCGGGGCCAGCCGGAGAGGUCGGCCGCGUCGGAGAGAGGGGGCUCGAGGGGUCGCCCGGGAAGGAAGGCCCCAAGGGCAAGAAGGGCAAAGAGGGGCCCCCUGGGAUGGACGUGACCGGAGCCAGCGGCCUGCCAGGUGAACCUGGCAGCAAGGGAGAACAGGGGAGCUCGGGCAAGGUGGGAAAUCGCGGCUACAAGGGAGAAGUGGGGAUCACGAAGGAGGUGAUUCGCUCCAUUCUCCAUGAAGAGAUGAGCGGACGCUGCACUUGCGGAGGAGAAGACGGCGGAGGAGGCGGCUGGCGUCUUGGCGUGCUUGACCGGGACGGGGACUACCGGCGCGGGCGACUGAUGGGCACGGGUGGCGGCAAGGACCACGUCGCUGGCAGCGAGGGCGGCGCUCACUUCCGGACCGAGGUGGUGGCGCACAGGGGUGGCGCGGAGGCCCAGCCGGCGCUGGGCGCCCACCGGCCGCAAGCGGACACCAAGGUCACGUGGAACAGCACGGAGAUUUCCCAGAGGCUGCAGUUCUUGCGCGAGCGAGACGCGUGCCGCCUGCCCAUGUCGGAGGGCGAUUGCGACGAGCACGCGGUGCGGUGGUUCUACCACCUGCGCGAGGACGAGUGUCAGCCGUUCAUCUACGGCGGCUGCGGAGGCAACGCGAACCGCUUCGACAGCGAGGAGCGCUGCGUCCGGGCAUGCCGCCUCACCCCGCAAGGUGCUGUUCCUGCCUCGUAAUCCUCUUCAUAACUUCAUCAUCGUCGUCGUCGUCAUUGCAAGAACUAUGGUGCUUUCGUCUAUUAAGAGUGAUCGUAUCGGCCUAUACUCUGGUGCUAAUUUUAACCGCUUUUGCAAGGGGAGACCUGCACUUUGUUGCCGAAGUCAGCGCACGUCCAACAACUGUGAGGCGUGCCAUCAGGUUCAAGGCGUGGCUUCAAAAAGACCUGAUCGUUUCAGGAGUUCCGUGGAAACACGUGUGCUGGGCUCAGGUGUUGCACGGGCACGAACACAAUCUUUAUUAAAACGCCCGGCCAGUUUAAGUGGCUCAGAGGUCGGUCAGAGGUCGGUCGGAGGUCCGCGCCCUAGGCCGGCACCACAGAAACACUGGCUGUGAAUGCAGGCAACUUUCUGACUAUGCCGGCUCCCCAAGUGCAUUGAGUUGACGGUCUUGACACCUCGGUCACCAAUGACUGCGCGCAAAGCUCUCGUGUUAAACUUGGUUCUGCGCCGUGAUUCGGUGAAAUGCCAGCUCUGAGAAAUUAACAAAUAAGAAAAUGGCUUGGCCCUCUGCAACAAGCGCGACUCUUUCGCAGGGCAGAUGGGGAAAGUGCUGCGCCGCAGUGCGUGCGUGCGUGUCAAGAGGUCACCUUCAGGGAUUUCAGAAGGUGUUCUUUGAUAUCCACUUCUGUGGAUGGUUUCUCUCACAUGGCAGGUUGCAUCUCCCUGUGAGAGUUCACAAUUGACUCCUCCUCUACUGGCAGGGCACCGACAGCACAGCCAUUCUGGAAUGGCAACUUAUACAAGAAAUUGUUUUAACAACUGAGCAGUUUCAGUCCCGAUCUGACCAAUACCAAACCUGCGGGCCUUCGUCAGCUGUAGAGGCGACACGUGCCCAGCUGCUCUUAAGGCCAGUGAUGUCAUCGCUUUUGUGUCUCUAUCGCCGAGCAGUAACCACGCCUCGUGACGAUCCCACACGGCCAUGAGAAUCGGUCUGAGCUCCAGAUCAGCAGCCCUCACCGUCCGCGUGGCACUCGUCAUUCAGGAAUAUCGGAGCGUUGCGAAGGCGCCUUUAAGAUUUGGAUCGCUCGCUGAGCCUGUAUGCCGUUGCGCAACACGUUGAGCUUUUUGCCACGGUGUUUAUUUUUAAUUUGCUGUGCUGUGGUUUACAUUUUGCAGGGAGCCUUAUUUGCAAUAAAUGCACUAAGUUAUUUUUUUCCCUCCCGGUUUCGGCGCCAAGAUGCGCAGAAGUGGAUUUUAUUAUUCUGGGAUGAAGGAAGACUUUAAGAGCACACGUUUGGCAAAACGCAUCAAUAACGUUCACAGUUUUUUCACGGAAAGCAUAUUGCAACGCUCCAAGUUCACUGCGAACAGCACGGUACGGUUCAUGAAGCAUUUCUAACGCAUAACUUUUAUACUGCAACUUGCAUCUAUAUUCUUAAGACGUGAAGUUCUCCCAUGAUUGCCAAUGAGGUUUCAAAAUAUAUAAAUAUUCUCAACCCAGUUAAGGCUCUGCAAACGGAGAUUACUUUCGCGAGUCUGGGUCAACAGCUUGGGAUUAAACUUCAUUGCUGCUUCAGUGGGGCGGAGUGGCGGUGCAGCGGUAAGCGCACUGCACCACGAACCCUGUCGGUAGCUAAUAUCAGCUGUGUGCAACGUCCGAA